UUACAUUGAAAUUAUUUCCUUUAUGCUCAAUAAAUAAUUUCCCCUGUCUUCAUUAUAUUUUUGUAUACAGGUGACCUGAAACAGCUUAUAAUGUGGGGCAUGACUCAUAAUGUGAGCUGGUCCUUUGGACAAUCAAUUCUUGAUAUUUUUUUGGGUCCUGCAUCUCUUCCGUGCAGUUACCCGAGUCCAGAAUGCCAGAUGUCAGGCAGUGUUCAGUUUGGUCGUACAGGCAUACCUUCUGUAGACAUACCCACAUCCCUUCUUAACUGCGAACAACAAAUUUUGAAUGAACUCAACGAAACCCUUUGUGCAGACAUUUUAUCAACGAGGUCUCAGGAAUCUUAUGUCCUUUACCAGAUGUGUCUAGCUCUCAGUACGCUCACUCAAACUGAGGUGACACGGGUGUGGAAGAAGGCAUGUCACAUUAUCCAAGACAUUGUCUUACCUCUCAUGGAGCCAUGUGGGGAAACUGUCACCACAAAAUCAAGUCAACGUAGAGCACGGUCUGUCCUAAGCCUCAACGAACUUCUCUGCGACUACCACAAUUGGACUAUUGCUGGUGCCGUGGAUCCGGCCCUGGUCACUAUGUGCAGUGAAAACGAUCGUGAGGCGUUCAUUGCCGCUGUGUGUAACAAUGCAAACGUUAUGCAAGUGUUGAUCAGCAAUCCUAGUAAUGCCUGGGUGUGGGAAUACUGCGCAAACUCAUCUGACACAUAUGUAGUAAACAUGUAUUGUUCAUAUAGCACAUGGACUGAUGAAACAGUCGAUCCAUCCAUAGUGACAUUCUGUUGGAAUAAUGACAUGGAACAGUUUGAGCGGUUUAUGUGUGAGAGUCUGGAAUUCUUCAUGGUUGUGUUCUCUACUGAAGACAACAACUGGAUAAAGCCCAACUGCUCUGAACCACCACCAGAACUUAACAUUAAUGCCCUCGUAGCUGAAUCUUGCAAAUACUCAGAAUGGAGCAAUACACGAGCGGUCACCGCCAUUCAGAUCUCCCUGUGUAUUCAAAACGACGAGCCUCGAUUUAUUAAUACGGUCUGUGCAAAUAGCACAUUCGUAGCUACGCUUGCGCUUUACAGUGAAAAAGCUUGGGUAAAACAGUAUUGUACUUUGGCUCUCAGCAACCCACCUACGAGCCCACCAAUAAUAGACACUGUGGACUGGUGUGAUUAUAAAAAAUGGGUUGAUAUAUCUGUGGAUCCCACUGUGGUCGCUCUGUGUUGGCAAUAUGACCAGAUAGGUUUCCGUCAGAAUGUCUGCUGCAGCGUGCAGCUGUAUGAGGAGUUGUCUCUGCAUCCCGACAAUCAAUGGCUGAUUCGAGAGUGCUCUGAUAAUGACACUGUCAACACGCUGGCACAAGUCUGCGUUUAUUCCGAUUGGAGCCAUCCAACUAUUGUAGACAUGGCUGACCUGGCUCUCUGUGCCGAUCUCGACACUAAAAAUUUCACCCAGAAUGUAUGUGCCAAUGUCACAGUUCUUCAUAACUUAAUGGCCAAUUUAGAUAACACCUGGUUACUGGAACAAUGUUCAAACCUGACUGGUUCUGGACAAGGUGUUGGGGCAGGAAAUGGGAGUAUGGUUUUCCGACCAGCGAAACAGUGUCAGUACUCCAGUUGGGUCUUGAUGCUUCCAGACCCUAAACUGCUUGCUCUUUGUUGGGACUAUGAUCAUGCUAACUUUGUCUCCUCCGUCUGUGAUGACCCUUUAAUACUCUCCCAAAUCACUCAAGAGGCCUCAAGCUUUUGGGUUGGCACACUUUGUGCCACUUACACAGGUCCGCAUAUUCCCGAUGGGAACUCCACUCAGCCCCAGCCGUGUCUUUUUAAGGAUUUAGUUGACAGGCUGAACUGGUCCUGCAGUGCAGACUUCAGCUCAGUCUGCCAACCGGGUGCCAGUCAGGCCCAGGGCCUUCGGAUGCUGUUGGAAUGUGGGCUAGAGAUUCUGCAACCCCGCUUUGAGCAUAUCAUGACUACGAAGAUGGCAUCGAUGGCCCGUCAAGCAACAAGCUUAUGGGUUGUGGUGCUCUUGGCUCUGGAAGAAAGUCAGAUGACUACACUGAGAGUGACAGAGAAUAUUCGGCUUAGUGUGUUGGAGACAAUGGUCGUCUACAUGGAGAACGAAACCAACUUUGAGAACAAGCGUGUGCUUCUGCAGUGCUUUGGGAAAGUUCUAACCAGUCUGAUGUUAACAAGAAGAGAUGUGGCCAGUAGCUUUUUUCUUAUCAAGGAAUAUUUCCGCAUUCCUCUGUCUUAUCUGUGGUCAGUGCUCAGUGCAGCAGACCUCACAGUCGUAAGGGAGAUUCUGCAGUACUAUCAUAGGAACCAUGUAACCUUACAGUUAUCAGAUGAAUACCGGCACACCAUGGUAUCUGUCCUUUUCCAAACCCACCUGCCCAAGGAUAUUAGCCUUUUUGCUGACAUGGGCAUUUUGUUGGCUCUGGCUACACCGUCAGACAUUAUGUCAAUGCCUCCUCUAAAGAAUAACAUCAAUGAGUUAAGCAUCAUUAACCUCAGCAUCAAGAACCUUUCCCUGGAGCAGAAGCAAGCAUUUGGUCGAUGGUUCAGUCAGAGCUUGCCUAACAUUACAGACGUCAGCAGUGCCUUCAUUAGGGACACCGGUAACCUGAUCUCGUAUCUGCCUUUCCACAGCUUCCAGUACCUGUCACCUACUCAGAUUCUGAAUGGUUUGGAUGUCUUAAAGAGUAAUGUGUUGGGUCCCCUCAAGCAGCAGUUCAUCGCUCAGAGAGUCAUCGGAGCCUUCAGGAAUCUUACUGCAGAUCAGUUUAAAAGUUUAGGUAAUAUGUCCUGUCUGGCAAAUUAUAAUCAGCUGAUGGCAUAUACACAAACAGAAUCCUUCUCUGUGAUCCAGGACAACAUUAGGACGUGUCUCAUCCAGGGAGUCAGCAUCCCAAGUAGUAUGAUAUCCAGCUUGGUUUUGAAUGCGUCUGAGCUGCAGUCUCCAUCCAUCCUCACGUCUCAGAGAAUCUCUCAGCUUGCCCCUUUCUUGCCUCUCUUGGGAUCUAGUUUCUUGCAACAGCUCACCUCAGCCCAGCUCAUGCCUGCCCUAAGUACCCUCAGCUCUGUACCUUUCACCCCAGCACAGGCAGCUGUCAUCAUUGACAAGAUCUCACCCGAUUUAAGUCUGGCUCUGCCUGGCUCUGGGCAAAUGUCUACCCUGGGGUCUCUUGUGAGGGGGGUGAAGGUGGAGACUUUAUGGAGUUUGCCAUCGGACGUUUUACUAGAGGCUUUACCUACUAUCAGCUCUCAAACACCUGGGCUCACUCCCACACAGACCAACGCCAUCAUCACCAAACUCUGGGGUUCUGCUUCUGUUCACCUGUGGCUUGAUGAAGUUGAGUCUUUGCUCCCCAGCACUCCUCUCUUUUGUGUGAUUCCCAAAGUCUCUUUACUGCUUGUCAGUGACAAAGCUGUACAUACUCGCCUAUGGAACACACAGCAGGCUCAGGUUCUUUUUAAAGAGGUCACAGACCUCAAGCCAAGUCUGUCAGAAAAGGAAUUCAUAUCUCUGGGUACCAUUGCUUCAGGAGUGAGUUGUACAGCCCUUAAAAAAAUGUUCCAAAAUUUGGCAGAUGCUCAAUCGCCUCUACGUGACAUUCUGAAGUUUCUGAGAGAGCAGCCUCUGCCUCUCCCUGCCUCAUUGAAAAAAUGUAUUACUGAGGAACUGUAUAAGUUGGAAUUCUUCUCAGAUCUGCUUGAUGAUUUGGGGUCUCAGAUCGCUCUGUCACUUCCGUUAAGCAUCAUUAAGAAAUUUCCUCCUGAUAUGAUGGAGUCUCUGAGGAAUAUGAUAGUGGAGGACCCCCAGUACUUUCUGCUGCUUACCAGCACCAAGCAAGAUCUCCUGGUGGACAAGAUAGUUCAAAGAUUGGACAUGUACACUGGCCUGUACACAGAAAGGGAAUUUCGUUCACUGGAUGUCAUGGCUACAUUUGUGGCGGAUGAUAUGUUUUUGCAAUUGGACAGGAGCUUCUUUGUUGACAGUUUAGAGUUUCUACAAGGAUUCUGCUACAAUGCCAAUAAACGAGACCUGGUGGCGCGCAUGCUUGAAGAAAAAGGGACAUUUGGCCUUGUACAAAACUGGACAUCAGAUACUUUGAACCAAGUGGAUCGGUUCUUGUUCUUUCUUCCAAAGGAGACAAUUCAGCUGAUCCCCGCAACUUUGAUGAGCUUGGAGCGCAUUGAGAGACUGUUCCAGGGUCAGCAGCGUUGGGAAGUAGGAGAGCGUGGCUCUUUGUGUGAGCAGAAGCCCUCAGAACUGUUUGAAAAGAAGCAGUUUGUGCUUCAAUAUUUCCUUGGCUUCCUCAAAAUUGGCCGCUCCACCUUUACUGGACUGAUCCCAUCUUGCGAGAGCUUGCAUAUGACACAACCUGCUGCCUGGAGUAUUGACAGCAUCAGAAACAUGCCAGCAGCUGCUUUCCGGAGGUGCCUGGAGCUCGUUGGCCAGGAUCCCUUUUUCAGUUCAUUUCAGCUAUCAGUGCUCCUUACGAAGGCAAAAGAGGUGUAUGGACCGCCCUCCACUUUUAACACAUCUGUGAUCUCUCAGUUGGGUCGCAUUGCCACCCUGCUCUCUGCUGAGGAACUGGCCUCUCUUAAACUGUCUGAAAUUCAGUCAAUUUCAGCUGUGGGAGCUAUCAACAUAUGGACCAGCAGACAGAUGAAGACAAUAUUCUCCACGGUGUUGAACUCAACCAGAAAGACUCCUGUCCAGUUAGACUCCAGUACUCUUGUGGCUUUGGGGCACAUUGUGUGUGGGAUUGAGACACCAGUCAUUCGCAGCCUGAAUCCAACAGAGUUCAGUAAGGCGGUUCUGUGGCUCAGCCGUUUGCGCUUGUCCUGCUCUGAGGAGCAGCUCCAGGCAAUGAUAGGACUGCUCAGUCAUAGCUCAGUAUUCGGACCAGUCAGCUCCUGGGGAACAGAUAUCUUCAUUGAGAUAGGAGCGAUUGCAGCGGGGUUGCCUGAUAUGUCCAUGUCUGCUUUGGUGAGGGACCAAAUUGAAGGACUCACCCCCCUUGCCAUUUCUCUCAUCCCAGCAAACAAAUUUGCGGUGGUGUUUAACCAGGCACAAAUUCAGAUGUUCACCUACGAGCAGGCCUUUGCUGUAACAGACCGUCAGCGCUCCGCUCUGUCUCCAGUACAAGAGACGGCCCUGUCCAUGGUGCUCAACCCUUGGGAGAACAAACCUAUUGAUUUCAGAGGCCUGUCAUUGGGAGUUGCAACGCAUCCUCGUCAUUUUCUUUAUCUCUACAGUGUCCUGAUACUGCUGCUGUUUCCUCUGGGAUGAGUUUGACCUCUCACUUUACUGCAUUGAACUCUUUGUUUCCAAAUAAGUGCAAUAUGAACAAACUCUUGAAUAUAUUUCUAACACUUUUUAAAACUCCUAUAAUGCUGAAUGUAAUGGAAAAUGGGUUGCACAAAAUUGCACGAGUGUGAUAAGAGAAGCAUGUCUUUCAGCACUUUAUAAUUGUGGCUCAGUCAUGAUAAAAUGAUGUGUUCGUUUUUUUAAUAACUGCUUUCUUUUAGUUUGUAAUUUAUCAGUACGUAAUACAUUGUCUUGGUUGAUUUGGUUUGUCUUGUUACUUUAUAUUCACCUUGUCGUUGUUAUUUAUGUAUAAUUGUAUUAUUUUAUUAUAUAACACGUUGUACCUACUGGAUGGGCCUUCAUACGUUGGAAUGUUCUCAUGAUGUAUUAACCUAGAGAUAAUAUACACACAUUGUGAACUUUUUUUCCUUUCAUUCACCUCAGUUUGUGUAUGUUUUCCGUAUUUAAAUUUGGCAUUGUUUGCUAUUGCUGUGCAAAGCCCCCUUCAUGAAUUCUCGGAAAUAAAGUCA